AGAAGAUGCAAUGGACUUUGGAGACAGUGUGUCACUGCAGUGGAUUAACAUAGUGGAGCAGCUCGGGUGAUGCGUUCUGCCCGCUCGACAUGAAGACAUUCAUCGCCGCAUUACUGCUGUACAUUCCGCUCGUACAGGUUUCAUCCAUUCUGGGCAAUCCCAACUCCAAAGUGAUGUUGUUUCAUGAGGCGUGGGGUCGCAGUCAGUGUCGCUCUAUGGAGCGUAUGGUGGAUGUGGAGCAGGAGUAUCCAGGAGGAGUGGAGCACAUUUACAGUCCCGGCUGUGUGCCGCUGCUGCGCUGCUCCGGCUGCUGUAAUGAUGAAAAACUCACCUGCUACCCCACCAGCACACGCAACAUCACCAUACAGUUGUUAAGAAUAACUCCAGCAGAGAGGAGCAGAGAAUACGUGCUGCUGUCGUUUCAAGAGCAUCGCACCUGUGAGUGCAGGCGCAGACGGCAUCACCUGAGAAAUCAGCAGUGA